AUGCUGCCUUCCUUCAGCUACGUGACCCAUCACGUUGGCUUCUGUGGUACCAUCAAAAACUCGCCGAGUGACUUCGUAGUGACAGAAAUCGAGGUGCCCGAGCAGCUGCAGGGGGUUACCAGGGCUGAAGCCCUUCAGAGAACCGGCGAAGUGCUGCUAGAACACAGCAGCCCGUGCCUGCAGCAGCCCAGAAAGCUGAGGGUGGACCCUCUCGCUCUGCCUGCUGAGGCCUGUCCUGCUGGCGCGUCCAGGCCCGCGGAGGGGGACCCGAGCUGGGCAGGAGGCGGCUGUUCUGCAUCCCCUAACAAAAACCAUCACGAGGGUGAACCUGACCUGAAACCUGGCCUCAAAGAAAACAAUGCGUUGGAUUCCUUACUAGGCAAAUCCAUGAGUGAUUUGCUUAAUAAAUUCGCUUGUGAUUUGAAGGAUGCCUGGGACUUGGAAAGUACCGCUGACUCUAGCACCAGGGAGUUCUCCCUGGGACCUAUACCGGACAAGAAAACCCGAGCUGAUUUACACAGUGCUGUCAGGCAGAAAUUCCCCUUCCUAGUUACUGCUACAAAAGACAGUGAGAUGAUAGUGAAAGGAAAUGCUGAUUACAGAGAACUUUGUCAGUUAGUGACUGAAAAGGAAACAAGUGAUUUCUUUAAAUUUUUGGAUGCAAAGCUAGAAAAUUCUACGUUUUCUUUUGAGCCUGAUGGAAACAAAGAGCACAGGAAAAUAGUUCACCACUUUAUCAGUAGAAAAUUUGGGAAACUUUUAGAAACAAAGUCUUUUACGGUGACAGAUGUCAAUGAUCAGCCAAAUAUGUCAAUAGUGGUACGAUUUAGAGAAAAAAGGUGGUCCAGAAAAAGAUCUGCUGGUGGUUUCCAGGAAAAACAAGAUGUUUAUACAGCUUUCACCCUUCAGAAAGAAAAUCUGGAAACGCUAGAAGCAAUCAGCUUAUUGGCUGCUGAACUUGGUGUUCUUCCUUCAGACUUCAGCUAUACUGGCAUCAAAGACAAGAAGGCUAUUUCUUACCAACCUAUGGUUGUGAAGAAGGUGACUCCUGAGAGGUUGAAAGAAAUUGGAAGCAAAAUGGAAAACAAGGGCAUGAGAAUACACAACAUCCGUUUGGCAUGCCAACACCUUAAACUUGGUCAGCUGAAGGGCAAUCACUUUGACAUAGUUGUAAGAGAUCUUAAACACCACAGUCAUGAUGACUCUUCUGCAGAUUUGAAAAAGAGAAUAUCUGAAGCAAUAGAAAAUGUUGAGACAAAAGGUUUUGUAAAUUACUACGGACCUCAGCGAUUUGGACAAGGACAGAAUGUUCAGACAGAUCAAAUAGGAUUGGCUUUACUGAAUGAAAAAAUGGUGAAAGCUGUGAAGUUAUUCUUCACACCUGAAGAUACUGAUGACCCUGUAAACGAUGCAAAAAGAUACUUUCUUCAAACUGAAGAUGCAAAAGGUGCACUCGGGAUGCUGCCGGAAUUUAAAGUGAGAGAGAAGAUGUUGCUACGAGCUUUACAUCGCUAUGGUGUAAAUCAUGAAGGUUGUACCAAAGGAUGGCUCAAUAUUCCUCAUUCCAUGCGCAUAUUCUAUGUCCAUGCUUAUUGUAGUAAAAUUUGGAACGAAGCAGCAUCAUAUAGACUGCAGAUCUAUGGUUCCAAAGUUGUGGAAGGGGAUCUUGUCUUCUCAGAACAUGAUGAAAGCUUUUUCCUGAAUGACAAGGUUCAUGUAGUCACUGCUCCAGAAGAGUCAGCUAACAAAUACUCCAUAAACCAAGUGGUUCUUCCAAUGGUGGGACAUAGUAUCAAGUAUCCCAGUAAUAAAGUUGGGCAAUGGUACCACGAAAGGCUUUCUAAGGAUGAGCUGCAAAUGUGCAAAUUCAGAGUGUCUCCACUACAGCUGAAUAUACCCGGAUGCUACAGACCCAUUUUGAAGAAUAUUCAGAAUGUGUCAUAUUUUUUGCAAAGUAAUGAAGAAGGAAUUGGAAUUGAAGACAACUAUCUGAAUGAAUCAAAAGUCUCUCUUCAUAUAUCAUUUGACCUUGAUCCUUCAUGUUAUGCAACGGUCUGUCUGAGAGAAGUAAUGAAAUGUGACCUUUAAGAUUCCAAUUAAUGAAAGAUUGCAGGGGUAUUAUACAGUGGUGAUACUUUAUGUAUAAUGCCAAGA